UACAAGAAACAGCAAACACAAGCCACAGCGGCUCCAUUUUCUAGCUAACGGUGGCUUCUGGUUAUUCCACUUUUUAGUUUAUCUUUGGACAAAAUUUGUCUGUUCCAUCUCUUAUUGGACUGAAACAACGAUUUGGUCAAGAUGGGGGGAGGCGACCUGAAUUUGAAAAAGAGCUGGCAUCCCCAGACUAUGAAAAACAUUGAGCGUGUUUGGAAAGCAGAACAGAAAUAUGAGGCUGAACGCAAGAAGAUCGAGGAGCUCCAGAAGGAACUCAAAGAGGAAAGAGCCCGAGAAGAAAUGACAAGAUAUGCAGAGGACACUGGUGCCAUCAAAAAGAAAGACGAUCGACUGGACUGGAUGUACCAGGGCCCUGCUGGCCAGGUGUCCCGAGAUGAGUACCUGCUGGGACGUCCCAUCGACAAACAGAUCACUGAUCAGUACGAGGAGCCUGAGAGCGGUCCAUCUGCAGAGACUGGCCUCCUGCCUGGGUCCAUCUUUAACCCUGCCACACCUGCCUCCAGCCUUGACCUGGCUGCCAAAAUUAGGGAAGACCCCCUUUUUGAAAUCAGGAAACGUGAGGAAGAGAAGAAAAGAGAAGUCCUUACUAACCCCGUAAAGAUGAAGAAAAUUAAAGAAAUGCUGCGGCAAAAUCUUGACAAGAAAGAAAAGAAAAAGAAGAGGAAGAAGGACAAGAAGGAAAAGAAAGGAGACAAAGAGAGGAGAAAAGAGAAGAAACAUAAGAGGAGGGAUUCAAGUUCAAGCUCAGAGGAAGAAGAAGAGAAAAAACACAGGUCACAUUCAAGAGAUGAAUCUUCUUCAGACUCUAAAUCACGUUCCCAUCAUCUCCCAGGUUAUGGCCUUCAGCUUCCUGCAGGCAGACACCACCACUCCUUAGCUUCUUCUAAUCACUCAGGACGCCGUGAGAGGAGCCGUUCCCGAUCGCCUCAUCGGAACAACAAUCACUCCCACUCUUCAUACUCACAGAGAGGAGACAGGAAGGUUGAACCCAGAGCAUCCAGCCCACAGAGGCAGCGUUAUGAAAGACAGAGACAUCAUGUGUCCAAGAAACUUUCUGCAGAUGAGCUGGAACGCAGGAGACGGGAGAUGAUGGACCAGGCCAAACAGAGGGAGGAGGACAGAGAGAAUAAUGUGAAGAGAUACAAGAGACAAGAUGAGCAGGAAAAACAGCGGGAACAAAAUGUCAAGCGUGACCACCAUGCUGGUUUCAUUCAUAACAUGAAGCUGGAGAGCGCUGCCAGCUCUUCAUUGGAGGACAGAGUGAAGAGGAACAUCCACUCCAUUCAGAGGACAGCAGCCUCUCUGGACAACUUUAUGAAGAGAUGAGGACACAGAACAUUUAUUGUAUAGAAGAUUUUAAAUGAACUGACUGUAAAGGAUACCAGACUGUGUUUAUAUGCAUUGAGUAUGUUCUGUAGUUUAUGGUAGUGGUGGCCAUUUACAUGGCCACAAAUAUACCUGAGGGUUUUUAUUUUAAAAAGCAGUGUUGACUACUUUUCUCUUGUGUUCAUCCGGUUAAAACAAUGUACAGUAUAACCUUUUUAAGAAGCAUAAUAGGACAUGUUUUUAUCUGAAGCAUUUUGUAAGAUACUGUAUAUUUGUUACUUUGUAUAAAACCUUGAAAAUCUACUGGGAUUUAAUAGUCCAGAACUACAUUAUUUGUUCUUGUUUCAAAAUACAUCCUCACUUGA